AUGCCUCCAAAGUUUCAGCGGCAGAAGACGAUUGAGGAGCAGUACCAGAAGCUUUCCCAGCUCGAGCACAUCCUCCUCAGGCCAGACUCCUACGUCGGCUCUGUAGAGAGCCAGAAGGACUGGCUUUGGGACUCAACCUCAGCUCCUGGAGCCAGAAGCACUCAAGAGUAUCCGGGGGCCUCUCAACCUAGUUUGGAUGGGAAUGCCAUGUCAAAGACGGUGGUCACGUCCGAAGACUCGACUAGGGCGACGAGCUUCAGCUGCGCCUCCUGGAUCCGAGCCCGAGUGUCCCCCUCCUCUGCAGGUGCAGCAGAUGAGUUCGGCAGAUCUCCAUCUGGCUUGAUCAGCAAUGCCUCGUCUGGGCGAUUCCGUCCCAGCCCAAUGCGUGCAAGCCAGACUACCACUGGCUCUUUGAUCACUGGCAAGGAUGUCUCGGAGAGGGAAGAAGACUCGGAUUUGGAAGAGCAAGACCUCAUGGACCACACUGGCAGCAUGUUUGUCAUGAAGGAGUCCAACAAGUUUCGGAAGGUUUGGACUGGAAUCGUGACUGCCAUGCUGAUGUACAUUGGAACAUGGUUCCUUUUUCAGCUCACAUUCAUCGACCUUCACAAGCCGGAGCCGCUGAAGGUUGCUGAGUAUUUGGGUAUCGACGAAACAGGAUGGCAGGUGUGGUCGAAUUUUGUCGACGGAUUGUUCUAUGUGGACUGCUUCAUUUACUUCUUCUGCAGCUUCCAAGAUGAGCGCGGACGGGAGGUAGAUUGCUUGCCACGAAUCAUUUAUCGCUAUGCCACGGGCAGCUUCCUCGUGAACGUUAUGGCCAGUCUUCCAGAUCAGGCAGCUGGCGAGAUGAUGAAGGUGAUCAGUGGCCAGGAAGGCUCCGACGGAACUAGCGCCCAUCAGGCGGCGAGGACGAUGCGAUUGCAGAGGGCCUCGCGUUUGUUCCGCCUGGCUCGCAUUGGACGGCUGGCGAAGCUGACCGCCAUGAAGUCGAGCCCACUGUGGAAGUGGUUGCAGACGCUGCGGGGAGUGCGGAUUAUCAACGUCUUGGUGGGUCUCUUCUUCUCCGUUCACCUCCUCGCCUGUGGCUGGUACAUGUGCGCCUCGCUGCACACGGAUGUGGAGUCAACCUGGUUGGCACGGAGAAUGGUGGAUGCGGAUGGUGCGAAGAGUUUACUGGAUGAGAGUGAUCCUGGUCUUCAAUGGCUCCAUGCCAUGUACUUCAUUCUCACGGUGUUCACCACUGUAGGCUUCGGUGACAUUGCUGCAGUCACACCAGGUGAAAUCCUUUAUGUGGUCUUCACCUUCCUCAUCGGUGCCGUGGUGCACAGUAUCAUUAUCGGAGAGGUGAUUGCUGCGGUCACCAGAGUCGACGAGCGGGGGCAGUUCAUCAACGAACAACGUGGCCUCCUGGAGCGUUUUGCGGCCCACACGGAGCUCGGCGAGGAUUGUGUCAUGGAGCUCCAGAACUGGGUAAAUACCGAGGCCGUGCGCUGGAUGAACCAGAAGUACGACAAGGAAGCUGUGCGCGGCUUGCUGACUGGCAGGCACAUGGCUCGCUACAUUAUGAACAUGUUGCCUGGCAAGCUCUUCAAGGGCCAGUUCGCAACGAAUCGCUUCUUCGUGAACUUGCCGCCGAGGAUGGAUGAGCUGCCGCCUCGUUUGCCGAUGCUGUUAGCCUUGAACUCUCAUCGGCAGAGCUUUCAAAAGCAAGAGGUGGUUUAUCAGCGCUCAGAUUUUUCCAAUUGUUUCUUCCUGGUUACCAGCGGUGUGUUUGCCCACAUAGCAGUUCCAGGCGAAGGUGGUGGGCGCGAACAAAGCAGUAUGACCAGCACUGUCGGCCAAUGGCUAGUGGCCGCCAGUGCCGCCUCGAGUUCCGUGAUGUAUCCGUACCAGCUCUUUUCACAGGGCUCAUACUUUGGGGAGUACGGUGUCCUGCAGAAUCUGCCGCGCGACACCUCUGCGCGCUGUGAGGCCCGAGGCAGUUGCAUCGUGGUGCCAAAGUCAGAGCUCGACAGGGCCAUGUGUGACUUUCCGGAGUUCUCCUCCUUCUGGGUGUCUACGGCCGGCUCACGAGAGCGACAGCGGCUCGCUUGUCGCAAUAGGCUGACCGCAGGAAGGAGCUACAAGCACUUGGCGGCCUUCAUGAUUCAGUGCUUCUUCCGGAGCUUGCGGAAGCCCUCGAAGGUCCCGCGAAUGCGUGCCGUCUCUUCCUCCGAAGAGGAACCACCCGCACCGCCAAUAGUGGAGCUUUCAGGCACGGCCAUUCGCCGGGUCUCCGGCUUUCUGCAAAGGUCAAACACAGAUGCCCUUCCAGGUCCGACAUCCGAGUCCAAGCUUGAGAUGGCGGAGUUGAUGAGAGAAGUCCGCAUGCUCCGGGCGGAGAUCUCAGCUAUGAGGCGGAGCAGUGAUUUUUCGCCUCCUCGUGAAGCUUUCGCGGAGCCGCCGUUGAUUGGGCAAGUGCCGCGCUGGAGGCUGGUCCUCCCUGCCCACUGGUUCUCGAACUGCAUCCAGCAGUAUCAUCUUCUCGUUUACAACGACAAGGAUGGCUCCGUGGAGCAGAAGCAGCUGAACUAUGUGCCCGGACUCUACAAGAUCUUCGACGAGAUCCUGGUGAACGCUGCAGACAACUACGUCAGAGACAACUCCCAAACAUACAUCAAGGUGACCAUCAACGAAAGAGACGGUUGCAUUAGCAUCGAGAACAAUGGGCGCGGAUUGCCAGUAGAGGAACACAAAGAACACCAGAUGUAUGUCCCUGAGAUGGUAUUCGGACACCUCCUCACAAGCGACAACUACGACGACAGCGAGAAGAAGGUCACCGGUGGCCGGAAUGGUUACGGCGCAAAGCUCACCAACAUUUUCUCAACAAAGUUUGAGAUCGAAUGCGGCGAUUCCGAGCGCAAAAAGAAGUACCAGCAGACAUGGGAGGAGAACAUGCGCAAGAAGCAGAAGUCCAAGAUCUCAGCGCACCUCGGCGAGAGCUUCACGAAAAUUACGUUCUGGCCCGACCUCUCCCGCUUCGGCAUGAAGAAAUUGGACAAGGACAUAGUUGGGCUUAUGUGUCGUCGCGUGGUCGAUGUGGCUGGCACAACUCCAGCCAAAUGCAAGGUGCACCUGAACGGCAAGAGGCUGGAAAUCAACAGCUUCAAGGACUACAUCUCGCUGUACACUGGCACCGAAGAUGUCCAGAUCGUCCACGAGAAGUGCCACGAGCGGUGGGAGGUUGCCAUGACAGUUUCAGAUGGCCAGUUUCAACAGGUGUCUUUCGUGAACAACAUCGCAACGACAAAAGGAGGGACCCAUGUUGUCCACGUCGCGGAUCAACUCGUCGAGGCCAUCACCCAGAAGGUCAAUAAGCAAAACAAAGGAGGGAUGGAAGUGAAGCCGUACCAUGUGCGGAACUAUUUGUGGGUGUUCGUGAACGCGCAGAUCGAGAACCCAUCUUUCGACUCGCAGACAAAGGAAACCAUGACUCUCAAGCAGUCGAAAUUCGGGUCGAGCUGCGCGAUUCCUGACAAGAUGAUCAACAGCGUCUUGAAGACUGGCAUUGUUGAUAUGGUGCUUCAAUGGGCGAAAGCCAAGGAGGAAAUUGAUCUGGGAAAGACUCUUAAAGGUGGCUCCAGCGCGCCGAACAAAAAGACCAAGCGCUUGCUCAACGUCCCGAAGCUUGAGGAUGCCAACCUGGCCGGCAGCAAAGACGGUCGUGAGUGCACCCUCAUUCUCACGGAGGGAGACAGUGCCAAGUCAUUGGCAGUGGCCGGCUUGGGUGUAAUUGGUCGGGACCGAUAUGGUGUGUUCCCACUUCGAGGGAAGAUUCUGAAUGUCCGGGAUGCAACGUUUGCACAAACAAUGGGAAACGCAGAGAUCGCCAACAUCACGAAGAUCAUUGGCUUGGAGCCGCGGAAAGAGUAUCAUUCCACGAACGGAUUGCGCUACGGCUCCAUCAUGGUCAUGACAGAUCAGGACUACGACGGAUCGCACAUCAAAGGACUCAUCCUGAACUUUGUGCAGCAUUGGUGGCCGUCAUUGUUUAAGCUCCCCGGCUUCAUGACGGAGUUUGUCACACCGAUUGUGAAGGUGAGCCGUCGGAACUUCACUCAGCAGUUCUUCACCAUGCAGGAGUAUGAGAAGUGGAAGGAAGAAAACAACAAUGGGCGUGGUUGGCACUUGAAGUACUACAAAGGUCUCGGAACUUCGACGAUGGCUGAAGCCAAAGAAUAUUUCAGCAACAUCAACGAUCACAGCCUGUCUUUCGAGUACACGGGGCAAAACGAUGAUGAAGCGUUCGACAUGGCGUUCAAUAAAAAGAGGGCUGAUGAUCGGAAGGAGUGGAUCAACGAGGCCGAUGAUGAGGAGUUCGUGGACCAUUCGAAGGAAGCGGUCACGUACCUGGACUUUAUCAACAAGGAGCUGGUGCAAUUUGCGAAGUACGAUGUUCUGCGUGCCAUCCCAUCGGUAGUCGAUGGCUUCAAGCCGGUGCAGCGCAAGAUCAUGUGGGCAUCCUUCAAGCGGAACCUGAAGAACGACACCAAAGUGGCUCAGUUGGCAGGCUAUGUCUCGGAACAUGCCGCCUACCAUCAUGGCGAGUCUUCGUUGCAAGGAGCCAUCGUGGGACUGGCACAGACAUUCGUCGGAGCGAACAACGUGAACUUGCUGGUGCCGUCGGGUCAGUUCGGAACCCGCAUUCAGGGCGGUAAGGAUGCCGCCAGUGCCCGUUACAUUUACACUCGCCUCGAGAAGAUCACUCGCUUGAUCUUCCAUCCCUCUGACGACGCCUUGCUGGACUUCCAGGUCGAGGAGGGUCAGCGGAUCGAGCCGAAGUGGUACAUUCCUGCGCUCCCGCUUGUCCUUGUGAACGGCGCCGAAGGAAUCGGAACUGGCUGGUCCACCUUCCUUCCGAACUUCCAUCCAAGGGACAUCAUUGCGAACCUGAAAAGGUACCUUCGAUGCCAGCCAGUGCAGGACAUGUGCCCUUGGUAUGCUGGUUUCAAGGGAAGUAUCGUCCUGUCGCCGGACAAGGUUGGCUAUGAGUCCGUGGGCGUGAUUGAGAAGAGAGGCCCGACCACGCUGGAGAUCACCGAGCUCCCGAUCAAGAAGUGGACACAGGACUACAAGGAGGCUGUGCUGCAGCCCAUGCUGUCGACCGACGGACCUGGUACUGGCCAGAUUGAAGACUUCAAGGAGUGCCACACGGAGGUUACGGUGCAUUUCAUCAUCACAGUUACAGAGGAGCAGAUGAAAGCUCAUGAGUACAUAGGACUGGAGAAGUCUUUCAAACUUCGAAGCUCGCUGUCGACAAACAACAUGAUCUUCUUCGACAAGGAGGGAAAAAUCAAGCGAUACAGCGACGAGCGGCACAUCAUCGAGGAGUUUGCAGAACUCAGACUAGAGUACUACCACAAGCGCAAGGCUCACUUGGUGAGGGUCCUGAGGAUCGAGGCUGAGAUUCUCGCUGCAAAAGCUCGCUUCAUCCAGGAGGUCAUCGAUGAGAAGCUGAAGGUGAAGAACAGGAAGAAAGAUGUCUUGAUCGAGGACUUGCGCAAGCAUGGCUUCAAGACUCUGCGUGAGAUCACCGAAGGCGAAGACGUCGUAUCGGAUGGAUCCCAAGGGAAGGCUUGGGAGUACCUGUUGGGAAUGCCGAUUUGGUCCCUGACCGCUGAAAGAGUGGCCAACCUCCUUGCACAGCUCAAGGACAAGCAGGCAGAGCUCCACAAGCUCGAGUGCACCGCACCGGAGGAGCUUUGGGAGACUGACCUCAAUGAGAUCCUCACCGAGCUCGCAGCUCUGGAAGCAAGGAGCCGCGCAGCUCUGGCCGAGGAAAAAGCAGCACAGAAGCGGGCCGCCCUCAGCAGUGCGCAUUCGUCCAAGAAAGCAAAGACUGCAGUCAGUUCGACGCCUUUGCCAACGCCGGCCCUGGGACCCGGACAGUUGUCGACGACAGCUCUGGCCGAGAUGCAGGAACGUCAGCUGAAGCUGACCCUGACAGAGCUCCCCGGCCUGUUCAACGACAUGGUGCCAAAAAAGCCGCCUCCUCCGCCCGGCCUCGAGAAGCUCACCAAGAGUGCCGCCGCAGCCGCUGCAGGCAAAGGCGACGACGAGGAAGGCAAAGAGCCCAAGGAUGGCGAUGAGGCCGUGAAGCCAAGGGCCAAGGCCAAGGCCUUCUUCGAGAAGAAGGCCAGAGGCGCGGCACCGACGGCGAAAGGAAAGGCAGCGAAGGGCGCCAGGGCCAGAGGACGUGGUGCCGGAGGUCGUGCUGCGAAGUCGAAGGCUGUGAAGGGCGUGCGGGGCAGAGGGAGGAAGUGA